UUAGUUGCUCUGAUUGAUUUAUAAUAGAAUUGCAAUUCACUCUAUCAAUGUACUGAAGUUCACAGCAUUACUUUUAAUUGUUCAUCCCUUGUAUUUUCAGUUUUUGAUUCUAGUGGAGGUGAGCAAUAAUUAUUUGGUUCAGAACUUUAGCCGAAUUCAGCUUCUUCUUGUAUUUUCAGUUUUUGAUUCUAGUGGAGAACUGAUAUGUUGUUGAUGCUAGCCAAUCACAAACAUCAUAUCUUCCCUCAACAACUGCAUCUAGAGCUGUGUCAUGGAAUAUGCAUGGUGUGGAUAAGAAUGGGAUCCUUCCAAAUUCCACUUAUCACCAUGAGCAGCACACAGAACCACUUGUAAGGAAUGUUCAAGAUGGAGUAAAUGCGACAUCUGUAGCAAGUUCAUCAAGUUUAGGAGCAACUGUUGUAUCACAAGAUUACAUUGGCUAUACACCAUACUCGAAUUCUAGUGAUCCAUAUAGUUAUGGAAACAAAGGAUACCCAGGUUACUAUAGCAGCUAUCAGCAGCAACCUAACCAUUCAUACUCCCAACCCGUAGGAGCAUAUCAAAAUGCAGGUGCUCCUUAUCAGCCUAUUUCUUUGUUUCUGAAUUCAGGGUCUUAUCCUGGUCCUGCAAGUUAUUCAGGCACUUGUUACCAUCUUGGUGAUCAUCGAAAAGCUGGAAAUUAUCCAAGUAGCGGUUACAAUAAUCAAACGAACUCAUGGAAUGAAGGCAGUUAUGAAAAUUAUAAUUCUCAUCAAUGCUCAAACUACCCUGCAGAGGCAAUUGGCACUUACAAUUCUGGUACUACAACUGUGCCUUCACUGCAAUAUCCACAACAGUACAAGCAAUGGACAAAUUUUGAACGCGAAUUCGUUCCGAUUCUAGGUGAAGCUGUUGUGCGCGUUUAAAGAUGGCGAAUGUUGUGGCAAACCAAGUGGGUGGUUCUUUUGGUGAUGCAAAUGAUGCCCAGAAAAAUGUGUUUGAUUUAGGCGCAUUUGUGGGGGACUUGACUUUGAGGAUGAUGCAAGUGGUGAUGACAUUUGAAGGACUUGAGAAGGAGCUUGAAGAAUGUAAAAAUUAUGAUGUGAGUAAAUUUUGUGUUAUUUUUUUAUGAAGCUAUAGUCUCGUUUUUGUGGUUUUUGCAUCUGUAGUUUUUAUAUGGGGAACUAGGGUAAGGUAGCAUUGUAUUUAUAACUUACUGUUUGAGAUAGGAUCUGCUGUUUGAGAAUAACAACAAGUGAAAGUAGGGUGGGUGUUCUUGUUCUUUAAUGUGUGUGACUCCUUAGAGUUGACAUGGUGUAAUUUGUACAAUAGGCUUCAUAGAUUAGAUCUA